AUGCAUGAGCAUUCAUCUCAACCACCGCCUCGCCCUCCAGCCGCUACGGAAGAGACACAGUCCGAAAAGAAUGAAGUCGCAAAACAAGAGCCGGGCCAAGCCGAGGCCCAAACCCCUCCAUCGGCGCCUACUGAUAAUGAAAAGAUGAAGCUCCAAGACCAGACUAAUCUGCUGCCGAUGAAACAAUUGCUUGUUGUUUUUGCUGGCUUGAGCUGUGCUCUAUUUUGCUCACUUCUCGACCAAACGAUCGUGUCAACCGCCUUGCCGACUCUCGGCCGCGUCUUCAACGAUGCCUCGAUCGAGUCAUGGGUCGGAACCGCAUACCUCCUUACCUCAACCUCCUGCCAACCGCUCUAUGGCCGUUUAUCGGAUAUUUUUGGGCGCAAAAUCAUCCUUCUCACCAGCAUGGGAUUCUUUUUGAUCGGGUCAAUUCUGUGUGCGGUGUCACGCAGCAUGACCAUGCUUAUCAUCUUCCGAGCAAUCGCGGGAAUUGGCGGAGGUGGCAUACUGACUUCUGUCAUGAUCGUCGUUUCCGAUGUGGUUUCUCUCGAAAAGCGUGGCACUUACCAGGGCAUUCUUGGGGUGGUAGUUGCGCUGUCCAAUUCGCUGGGUCCCUUGAUAGGUGGACUGUUUACGGAGAAAGUCUCGUGGCGGUGGUGUUUUUAUAUCAACAUCCCCCUAACAGGCAUAUCCAUUUUCGUUGUUGCAUUUGUGCUCCCUUUGAAACGGGUCAAGGGAGAUGUCAAGGGAAAGCUCAAGAAGAUUGACUAUCUGGGGUGUGCAACUAUGUUGAUAUCCGCCAUUCUUAUCUUACUCCCAAUCUCUUGGGGUGGAACUAAAUAUGCCUGGAGUUCAGCCGGCGUUGUUGCUCCUCUAGUUCUCGUGCACAUAUUCAAAAACUCAACCGUCUCUGGUGCCUUGGGUGGAGCAUUUUUCACAGGAUUUAUGUUCUACUGCAACCUGUACUACGUGAGACCGUUUCCCUAUCCCGAUGUCCCAAAUAACAGCACUGAUGACCUACAGCUUCCUCAAUUCUAUCAAGUCGUCUACAACGCCUCCCCCCUUAAAUCAGGUGUUCUUCUUCUCCCCCUCGUGGUCACCCAAUGCAUCGUCUCUUUUACAUCUGGAUUUAUAGUCUCGAAAACAGGUAACUAUACAAUCAACAUCUGGGCCGGGUUUGCCAUUUGGGCUAUUGCAUGCGGGCUCCUCUCGACAAUCUCCCCAACCAUUUCCAUUGCAAAACUAGUCGGGUAUCAAAUCCUCAGUGGGAUUGGGUCUGGGCAGACGCUGCAGACAAACCUGGUGGCUAUUCAGGCGAGUGUCAAGAGAAGUGAUAUGGCCGUUGCCACUUCAACUCGGAAUUUCCUGCGCAUGUUGGGUGGCACGGUGGCCCUAUCGGCCUGUGCGGCAAUACUGAACAAUACAGCUCGGACUGGCCUUUCUUCUUUGAUCUCACCUGAUACCCUCUCGGAUCUUCUCGCGGAUCCCACGCGGAUAAACUCCCCCCUACUAGGCCUCACGGAGUCUCAGAGAGCAGCUGCCAUCCAAGCUUAUUCCCGUGGGAUCCAAAAUAUAUAUUAUUUCAUGGUUGCAUGCUGCUGCACAUCUUUCUUCAUAACUAUACUUUUCGUCCGCGGCCACAGUCUCAAGCGCGAUGACGAUGCAAGGCUGCAGGAAGAAGGUAAACAAUGGGCUGCAAAACAUCGAGGCAUCCGCGUGCUAGGUCGGAGCAACAAAAAUGAGUCUGCAGCUCCGAAGAGUGAGGGUGAAACUAACCAAACGCCCACGGCGCCUCAAGACUCGGUAGAGGGAGGAGUCGUCCGAAAGUAA